CCUCGUGCAAAGAUGUCAAAUGCUUUGCUCUUUGUCUUGCUCUUCCUGUUUCCGAUGCUGCUGUCUGGAGCUUGGUUUCCCAAAACUUUGCCUUGUGAUGUUAAAUCUUCAGAAGGUACUGUGACAGUGGACUGCACCUACCGGCGUCUCACACAAGUCCCCAGAGGGAUCCCUGAAAACGCUACCAACCUCACCCUGAGUAUUAACCAUAUUCCCCAUAUCUAUCCAACAUCCUUUGCUCAACUUAAAAACCUCAUGGAGAUUGACUUCAGAUGCAACUGUGUGCCUGUCAGACUGGGGCCCAAAAAUCUUAUCUGCAACAGAGGACUGUUGAUUGAGAAUGGCAGUUUUGCUGCCCUGACAAGACUGAAGUCACUGUACUUGGAUGCAAACCAGCUGUUGGAAAUACCCCGAGGUCUUCCUGCUACUUUAACCCUGCUGAGCCUGGAAGCAAAUACUAUCUUUUCUAUCCAAAAAGCCAACUUGUCAGAGCUAGGAAACAUUGAGGUAUUGUAUCUGGGACAGAACUGUUACUACCGCAAUCCAUGCAAUGUUUCAUUUGAGAUUGAGGAAACAGCCUUUCUGGAGCUGAAAAAAUUAACAAUACUAUCCCUGAAGUCCAACAACUUAACACAUAUUCCACCCAAUUUGUCAUCUACUUUGAAGGAACUGUAUAUUUACAAUAACAGGAUUCAAGUGAUUCAAGAGCAGGAUUUAAGUGCCCUUCCCAACCUAGAAAUUCUCGAUCUAAGUGGCAACUGCCCACGUUGCUAUAAUGCCCCAUAUCCUUGCACUCCCUGCACCAGUGGCUCGAUUCAGAUACAUUCAAAGGCUUUUGAUUCCUUGAAAAAUUUAAGAAUUUUGCGACUUCACAGUAACUCUCUCCAGAGCGUACCCCGCAGUUGGUUUAAAAACAUCAAGAACCUCAAAGAACUUGACCUCUCCCAAAAUUUCCUCAUGAAGGAGAUUGGAGAUGCUCAGUUUUUGAAGUUUGUCCCCAGCCUGGUGGAGCUUGAUCUGUCCUUUAAUUUUGAACUCCAGUUGUAUUCUCCCUUCUUGAAACUGUCUGAGACAUUUUCUUCCCUCUCUAACCUGGAAACCUUGAGGCUCAAGGGUUAUGUCUUUAAAGAACUGAGAGAGGAGGAUCUACGCCCACUGCUCCGUCUUAGGAAUCUCACCGUCUUGGAUCUUGGGACUAAUUUUAUUAAAGUUGCAAACCUGACAGUGUUCGAAGAAUUCCCAGCUCUUAAGUUCAUAGACCUCUCAGUGAAUAAAAUUUCUCCUUCUUCAGGGGAAAGCAACUCCAAUGGAUUCUGCUCUAAUCUUGGGUUUUCAGUAGAGCAGUACAUCAGGCAAGCAUUACCAGAAAUGCAUUAUUUCAGGUAUGAUGUGUAUGAGCGAAGUUGCCGUUCCAAAGAUAAAGAGGCUGCUUCCUAUCAAUCUUCAGUUAAGGAAGAUUGCCUGCAAUUUGGAAAAACUCUGGAUUUGAGCAGAAAUAAUGUGUUUUUUAUUAACCCCUCAGACUUCCAGGGACUUAGCUCCCUUACAUGUCUCAACUUGUCAGAUAAUGCAAUAAGUCAAACUUUAAAUGGAAGUGAAUUCUCCUACUUGUCUGGAUUGAAAUAUCUGGAUUUUUCUAACAACAGGGUUGAUUUGCUAUACCAAACUGCUUUCAAAGAGCUAGAACAUUUAGAAAUUCUUGACCUGAGCAAUAAUCAACAUUAUUUUCUGGCAGAAGGUAUUACUGAAGAGCUCAGUUUUAUAAAAAGUUUGACACAUCUGAGAAAGCUGAUGAUGAACGAUAAUGACAUUUCUACCACCAUUAACACAGGAAUGGAAAGCCAAUCUCUUCAAAUUUUAGAAUUUAGAGGAAAUCGUUUAGAUGUUUUAUGGAUGGAUGGCAAUGCUAGAUACUUAUCCUUCUUCAAGAAUUUGACCAGCCUGGAAGAACUGGAUAUUUCCUUCAACUCACUCAGUUUUUUGCCUCCCACUGUUUUUGAAGCAAUGCCUCCCAAACUCAAGCUCCUCAACUUAACCAAUAAUCAAUUGAAGAGUUUCAACUGGGAAAACCUCCACUAUCUGAAGAAACUAGUAACUCUGGACCUGAGCAAUAACCUUCUGACCACUGUUCCCCGAGAACUGUCCAAUUGCUCCUCAUCACUGCAAGAACUGAUGCUCCGAAACAAUCAUAUUCAUCAGCUAACCAAACAUUUUCUCAGAGGUGCUUUUAAACUGAGGUAUUUGGACCUCAGCUCAAACAAGAUUGAAAUAAUUAAGAAAUCUAGCUUCCCUGAAAAUGUCAUCAACAACCUGAAGAUGCUGCUUUUGCAUGGCAACCCUUUCAGGUGCAACUGCGAGGCCGUGUGGUUUGUCUGGUGGAUCAAUCAGACUCAGGUGACUAUUCCUCUUCUGGCCUCAGACGUGACCUGUGCUGGCCCAGGGGCACAUAAGGGAAGGAGCGUGGUUUUCUUGGAUCUGUAUACCUGUGAGCUGGACACCUCGUAUUUGAUCCUGUAUGCUCUAUCAGCUUCAACCGUCCUCAGCUUUAUGGUGCUUGCGGUGACGAGCCAUCUGUACUUCUGGGAUGUGUGGUAUAGUUACCAUUACUGCACUGCCAAGCUGAAGGGCUAUCGGCGUUUAUCUUUACCAGAUGCCUGUUACGAUGCUUUUAUUGCCUAUGACAACGAAGAUCCAGCUGUGAAUGACUGGGUGAUGGAAGAACUGGUUAGAAGGCUGGAAGACCGAAAAGCCAGGCAGUUCAAUUUAUGCCUGGAAGCAAGGGACUGGCUCCCGGGACAGCCGGUCUUUGACAACCUUUCCCAGAGCAUUCAGCUGAGCAAAAAGACUGUAUUUGUGCUGACCAAUAAGUAUAUUAAAAGUGGCAGUUUCAGGACAACCUUUUACAUGGCCCACCAGCGGCUUCUAGAUGAAAAACUGGAUGUCAUUGUCUUGAUAUUCCUUGAGAAGGUUUUGCAGAAGUCGCGCUAUGUCCGUCUGAGGAAGAGGCUGUGUCGAAAUUCUGUCCUGGAAUGGCCAACUAACCCUCAGUCUCAGCCCUUCUUCUGGCAGUGCCUGAAAAAUGCCAUAGCUACAAACAAUUUGCUGGCUUAUAACAAGCUUCUCCAAGAAACUGUUUAGCUCUGCUCUCCCUUUAUAUAUUGUUAUGAUGCAGAGUUAGCAAAAGAUCCUCAACUUCAUUUGCCAAAUUUGUUGAACCAUAGAAGAUAAAUCUAAUUUUGAUAUUAAGCCCUAAAAUGGAAUGCACAUUUAAUUCCAAAGCUGAAAAUUCACUUGUUGUGCUAUGACAAGUUUGAAGAGAAACUGUUGCCAGAGCAGAUGUUUAGCUGACGUGCCUUGGUUGGCACUGAUUGCUGCACAGGAAGAGGAGAUGCCAAAAUGAGAAGGUGUGAGGUAAAGUUCAGAAGGUCUUGCAGCCUUCUGCGUGAAAGUAAUGAGGGGGAGGAGAACAGCAGAGAGGCAGAGGGACAGGCACAAGGCAGAUAGAGAAACUCAAGUAAAUCAAGGUGGAAGUGAAAAGAAACAAGGAAAGGAAGGUAAAAAGAUAAAAGAGAAAGUGGAAAAGGUGGGGGAAAAUGCAGCUAAAGUAGUGCAUCCUAGAAGUUAAAGAAUAUGUACUGCUAAUUUGCAAGUCACCUUUUCACUUUGCCUUUCACCUGCCUCUUGGGUUGUUGGCUGAGCUGGCUCCUUCCCGAAGACUCAGGGCUCCUCUCCAGUGUUGUAAUGUCAGUUUUAGGAGCUUGGCUUCUCCAUUUCCACCCAAGUCCUAUGUAACAAACCCUUCUGUAUCAACUGGGAUGGUGUUAGCUGGUCCAGCCAGGGCUGGGGCCUGAAGACUUGCUAAAGUGACUGAGUCACCUCCACCUGCCCAGACUUUCUCCAGAAGAAAGCAUGAUCAAAAUCUGGAAGUACAAAGCGUGUAAGACCAAGUCAUACAAGGAAAGCAUAUAUCCCGCUGUUUCUUUAGAUGUGCUGUGGUGCUCCAGAGCAGCCUCAAGCUCUCCUUUACCUUCUUGUUACCCAGGCAAGCCCCUCUCCCACAGCAGCUGAUAGGGCACCACUAAACACCUGAGAUAGGAAUGGGUCUGACUUUAGAGACAUCCUGAAAAAGGGAAGAAACAAUGCUCAGAAACAUGAACACCUAGGCCUGUUCCCCACUCUGUUUCACAGAACACACUCAUCAAACACUUGAGAGUAUUUCAACUGAAGCCUUUUGAAAUGGCAGCCUGAACUUCUGAGUGUGACAUGGGCAGGUUCUCUGCUUGUUGUGAUGAUGUCUGUUUUGGGAGGGCAGCACAUUCUCACCUUGCAAGGUGCUCCUGUCUGCAUCAGUCUGGGUAGCUUCUGCUCUCUUGCUCAAAGUUCUUUUUCUUUUCUGGCAAGUAGUCUCUGUAAUAACUCUGGCUGCAGGGGAACUGACACUCUUAAUUGCUUUAAACUUUUUUUCACUUACCUGUUCUGACUGGUCCUUUCUUUAAAUAGACUCUCUUUUAUUUAAUUGUAGGUAUCCAGACAGACAAGAACACAAAUACAAACAUAAACAGGAAAGCAAAACUUCAUGUAACAAUAUUGCAGAUAAGAAGGGUUUUUUUCCUCUCAAUUUGUCACAUCAUUUAGGAAGAAAUUCUGUAAAGAAAGGGUGAUCAGGCAUUGGAAUGGGCUGUCCAGGAAAGUGGUGGAUUCUCCGUCUCUGGAGGUUUUUAAGAUAAGACUGGAUGUGGCACUUAGUGCCAUGGUCUAGCAACCACGGUGGUAGUGGAUCAAGGGUUGGACUUGAUGAUCUCGGAGGUCCCUUCCAACCCAGCUGAUUCUAUGAUUCUAUGAUUUUUAUUGGUUAAAUACAGAAAUAGGAAAUAGAGAUGGAUCUCAUUAAAAAAUUGGUCGUUUUAUGGUUAUAUUUUAAUAAUGUGUAUUUCUGAUGGUUCUCUUUGAAAGCCUAAACAAUCUGUACCUCUAAAUAUGAUAACAUGAGCUAUAAUAUGACUCUCUCCAUAAGGUAAUGCUUGAAACAGGAACCUCUGUUCCUCAGUUACUCAUACACCAUCUCCUUCUACCUCCCCACAAUAUCUAUUUUGGAGCAGAUCCUCUUUCACAGCCUCAUUGAUUAGGGAAGGAACACAAGGUCACUUAGCCUUUCUGAGGUUGAGGGAAGAAGUAUUUUCUCCUCUUCCAUUGAGAAGCACCCAAAGGAUGGGUACGACAUGAGUAGCAAUGAUUAUAUAUUGGUACACGUACUAAGGGACCUGAUUAGAAAGCACAUCCUCCUUGAUUUGUUGCUUGUUAACAAGAGAGCCUCAUGACUGAAGUGGUGGAAAUUUUGGAACAUGGAGUAGUUUAAUUUAAAAUAUCUGGUGACAGAAGGAAAUUUGCUAGCAAAACUCUGGAUAAGAGGAGAGCAGAAUUCAGGCUGCUAAGGGAGCUGCUUUGCAAGGUCCCCUAGGAAAGUGGCUUUGAAGUUGCUGGGAUCUAUCACUGUGGUCACAUUUUAAACACCAUCUCUUAAGGGCACAGGAACAUGCAAUUCCAAAAUGUUGGAAGUCAUGCUGGUGAGGCAGAAGGUCAGCUUGGCUAACCAGGGAUAUUUUUGUGGAGCUAAGGCAAAAAGAAGAAAGUGUAUGGCCAGUGGAAGCAAGAUUGGGUGACUUGGGAGGAUGUUAUGGUUUAACCCCAACUGGCAACUAAGUAUCAUGCAAUCACUCACUUCUUCCCAACACUCUUGGGAUGGGAAAGAGAAUCAAAAAAGAAAAGUAAAACUUUUUAUUUGAGAAAAGAACAGUUUAAUAAUUGAAAUGAAGUAAAAUAUAAUAUUGCAACAACAAGAACAAUAAUAAUAAUAAAAAGGGGAGAGAGAGAGAAAUAAAUAAAACCCAAGAAUGACAAAUGAUGCACAAUAGUUCCGUACCACUCACUGACUGAAGCAAAACCCAUCUCCAAACCACAAUGAGUUCCCCUUCCAGGUAGCUCCCCCAGUCUAUAUACUGGGCAUGACAUUCUGUGGUAUGAAAUAUCCCUUUGGCCAGUUCAGGUCAGCUGUCCCAGCUAUGCUCCCUCCCAGCUUCUUGUGCACCUUCUCUCUGGCAGAGCUUGGAGCUUGCUUGUCUGGUGGUGUAGCAGUGUCUGAAUUACAAAACACUGAACAGUCCUGUGGUUUCUAUAUGUUAGAGUUUCAUGAUGGUGUAGCUUGUGAUCUGGUGUGAGGUAAUUAGGAGGAGGAGGUUUUAAGGGGUCUCUGGAGGUCAGAGCAGGUUUGGUUUCAACAUAUCAAUAUCUUCUUUAGGCUCCUGUUCUGCAAUAACAUUGGAAUGCUAUGCAGCAAACAUGAUAUCCUGUAAAGAAACUUUAUAACAGCAUCUUUAAAAAAAAUUAACUCAGUGAAGAUCGGGAGCCCUUGGUCUGUAGUAGAUCACACUGUAGGUCAGUAGCUCCUCCAGACAACCUAUUGUUUGUCUUGUGAAUAAUCCCUGCCUUUUCAGUUUCUCAAUCUUGUUCUGAAAGUAUCUGCCUACAGAAAUUAGCUCUAUGACAGGCUGUUCAUUUGAAAAAAAUCAGCUGUAGGCCAAAUGUCUCCAUGUACUCUGAAGAAGAUAUUCGGAUCAUUUAGGUUAUCAGUUGCCUCAGGAGGAGCUCAACUUCACUGAACGUAUAUGGAAGUUAGCCUCAUAAUUUGGGAAGACUAAUUGUGUGUCUAAAUGCAAAAGACAUACACACUAAUCCAUCACUAUCUUCAGGACUAUAAAUGAUAAAAAUAAAGCACAGGAAAGUCAAACCAUUUCUAGUAUAUCCAUCUGCUUCUGCUGCAACUGAAAAGCGAAUCUGGAUAUCCAACUUCCAAAAGCAACCUGCAUGCAUUCCUUAGUUCAUGAGCACUUAGAGAUUAUUAUACAUGGGAUUAUUUAAUCAGAAAAAUAGCCAAAAUUGAGAAUCAAAUGUAUACCUGGUGAGAAAUUCUAUAUUUGGCUGUGAAAAGUAUGAGACAGUAGGAAGCCCUGCUAAGUUCUGUAAAACUGAGGUGGUUGGGGUUUUUUGCUUUUGUGAGAGAGUAUCUUUGUUCAAAGAAGUGUACCAGAAUAGCCACUGAUCAAAAUCCGUGGCCUUAUCUGUCUUUGUUUUCUUUCCUUUAUUGUUUCUAAGACAGAAUGUUAAGGGCAAAAUUUUGAGCAAUAGCGUCUCUGAGUAACUUGAGCUUUUUUUAAAGAGAAACUGCCACAAAAUCAAAACUGUUUUUGCUGAUGCAAAUUCAGAAACAUUUGAGGAAAAAAAGUUUCAAUUUUUUUCUAGCAAUAGCAUUAUUGAAGGACUGGCAAUAGAUUUACAUAAUUAUGGAAAAGCUGGCAAGCCAUACAAUGGAAGGUUUCAGCUUUUGGUUUCUAAAUAUUUUUCUGAAUAUUUUCUUUUAUUUUACAAGCUAAGUUCUAGUUUCACUGUCUUAGCUGUUUGGUUUAUCUGUGUUAUACUCCCCAUAGUAAUAUCUGCAACUAUGGCAUCAUAUAUGUUAUCAAUAUUUUAGUAAGAUUCCACAAGAGUGAGACAUUCUGGAAGUAUGUGUUGCUUAAAAACACAUAUACCCAGUCUUGUGUUUUCCUACCGACAAAGUAAGUUUCAAUUAAAGAGCAAAACUCUCAAUGAAUCCUUCUUUGUGAAUAUGCCUUCUUUUCCUGUUCUAAUUUUUGAUGCUUUUGCUUUGCUAACUGAAGGAAUAAUUGAAAUCUGAUAUUUAACUGAUAUCCUGCAGUGACAAAUUACUUUUAGUGUAGAACAACAAAGUAAAAUUUACUGAAACAAUGAACAAGAGAGGUUUUAGCUUAUAUUCUCAUUUUCUUGUUUGCAAAAGAUUCUUUCCCAUAAUUUACCCCGAAUAUUGGAGAUCCACAAGUCUAUAUAGAAUAAUUACACUCAUACAGGGCUAUGGUCUUUUAUAGUGCACCUGAAUGCUGCAUUCUGUUAAUAAUAAAAUUU